AAAAAGAAAUUAUAAUAAUAAACAAAACUGGUAUAUGAACAUUUUUUUUAUACUUAUAACAAAUAAUUAAAUUUACAAAUAUAAAAAUAGAAAUUUUUAUUAAAAUAAUGAAAUAUUUAAUAUUAAUUUUAUUAAAAAUAAUUUUUUUAUUUAUAAAAUUAUCAAAUAAUCAAUCGGUACCAUCAAUACCAUGUCCAAAUAUAUUUAAUUAUUUUCGUAAUUCGAAAACAAAUGAAAUUGAAGGAUUUCUUAGUAUAUCAGAUAUUAAAACUGGUAGAGAAAAUGUAGUUAUAGUAAAAAUGUCAUAUCCACCGUAUGUUGUAAAUGAUAAUCCAGGGGUGAUUGGUCUCGCAAAAUCGGAGGCAGCAACGAAAAACGAUAUUAUACAACAUCAACCGGUUGCAUAUAAAAUCAUUUUUCCAACAAUUGACCCUGUACCAAAAUUACAAGAAGUAAUUUUUAAUGGUGCAAUAAUUUGCAGAAAUCAAGAUUAUCAAAGUGGAGACAGUGAAAUAACAUUAUCUUAUAAUUUAAAAGUACCAAAUUUACCUCAAAUACCAAGUACCUAUUCUGGCAUAACAAAUCGAGAUAGUAUCAUUCAAACACCAAAUAUUAAUUCAUUUGCAACUUCAAUAUCAGAACCAUUAAAUUUUCAAACAUCACAAAGCGAUAACACAAUUUCAUGUGGUAAUUCAAUAGCUCCAAUACGUUUAAUUUUUGGUGGUAGUAAAUUUCAAAAAGGUAGUUGGCCAUGGCUUGCUGCGAUGUUUAGAAGAACAUCAACAGGACAAUUUAAUUACAUAUGUAGCUCUAGUAUAAUAGCACCUAAUGCUGUAUUAUCUGCAGCACACUGUGUUAUUACUGAGAACGAUGUAAUUACUCAACCUCACGAUAUUGUUAUAGGAUUAGGAAUUUUUGAUUUAAAUAUAUGGAAUGAACCAAAUACAUUUAUAUCUAAUGUUCGUAAUAUAGUGCCACAUCCAGAUUAUAGUAAAACAAAUCGAUAUUAUGAUGCUGAUAUUGCUAUAAUAAUUUUAGAUAGAUCUUAUCCUUAUAACGAACGAAUUCGUCCAAUAUGCAUGUGGACUGGUAAAAGUAAUGUUAAUGAUAUUGUAAAUGAACAAGGUUAUGUAGCUGGUUGGGGUGUCGCUAAAGUUGGAGGUAAAACAGAACGUUUACCAAAUAUUAUUGAAUCAGAAAUUGUUUCCCAUGAUACAUGCCUUAAAUCAAAUAUUGCUUUUCACGAGUUAAUUUCAAAUAGAAAUUUUUGUGCUGGCUACAGAAAUGGACAAGGACCGUGUAAAGGUGAUAGUGGCAGUGGUUUCAUGAUUGAAAGAGGUGGAAAUUGGUAUUUGAGAGGAGUAGUUUCUGGUUCUUUAACUCAUGUUAAAACUGUUUGUAAUUUAAAUGAAUAUGCUAUUUAUACUGAUGUCGCAAAAUUUAGAAAAUGGAUACGCAGUUAUGUUAACUAUUAGAAUUAUUUAUUAAUACUAGUUAUGUUAACUAUUAAUUAAGUAUUUGUAAAAAAUAAAUUUAUGUUCUUUUUUUAGUUUCAAAAAAAAAAACUGUAUGUAAAUAACUUAAUUAUUUUCUAUUUAUAUUAUUUAAAUUACAAUUAUUACUUUAAAAGUGAAGUAUUCUAUAUUAUAAUCAAAAGAACGUAUUUGAACUUGAGUUUUCUUAUAGGUCAUUACGUCUAAAAUCGUGUAAUUACGUUUUCAGAGGAAAAGCAUUAUGCAACAUGGCAGUAUAGUUGAUUUCGCUGUUAUAUAGUGGU